UCUACAUUCAUCCCUGUUUGGAUCCUAAGGAAUGAAUGGGGCUAGGCUAAAUGCUAACACAUUCACGACGCGCUGUGCAAAGAUGAAGUGAAAAAAAUAGGUAUGUAUUGAUUUGUCUAAGUUGAGGUAAGAACAUAGUAAAAUAUUGAAAAACUAUUGAAAAAUACUGUACUGUAAAAAUCAAGUUUGAAAUUUUUAAAUUGUUAUACUAGACAAUAUAAUUUGCAAUAACAAAUAACAUGGCCUUCAUGUGCCUGUGAAGUGUACCAUUUGUAACUUUGAGUUUGUAGGGGGGGCUCAUGAGGGCAUCCUAUGUUCCUCCCCUUCUUCUGCCCUCAUGUCAUGGUUACCACAAUGUAGCACUCUAAAUGCUAUAUAAGUUCAUGAGCAUUUCUUAACAGGAUCUGCAGCUGGCGUGGAUGGGAAAUUGAUGUCUGACACAUUCACCAUAGGAAGAAGUAGACACAUUCGUGAUCAAGGUCUGUUGUGAGAAUCUUUUAAAAAUAUAUUUCUAAAUCCAUAAAUCGACUUUGUGAGUGUUGAGUUUUCAUUAGUAGUUUAAUUGUUUUUUUCUCUUUCAGCUUAUGGCGGUGGCCAAUGGCACAAUCACAGAGGUGUCUUUUCUGUACCAGCAAAUCUUUAAGAUAGACUUUGAUGCUAGCACUCACACUAAAAUUGCAGUGGCUGUGCUUAUAACCCUCUUUUUCAUCUUUGUAAACUGUGUCAUGCUUUUUGCUUUAGGAAGCAAGUCUGUCUUUUACGAAACUCCACGCUACAUUCUGUUUGGUCACAUGCUUAUAAAUGAUUCUGUACUUUUGUUAUUUACAACCAUCAUGUAUAUUUUUAUUUAUAUCCAGAUGCAAAUCUCCAAAGCUUUGUGUUCUUUUUUAGUCUUUAUCUCCCACUGUACUUUCCGUAACUCUCCUUUGACACUCGCAGUGAUGUCUCUGGAGCGGUAUGUGGCUAUCUGCUUCCCUUUAAGACACUGCAACAUUGCCACACCAAGAAGGACCACCAUCAUUUUGGGUUUAAUAUGGAUUCUUAGCUCUCUGACUAUUGCUAUGGAUAUAAUUUUAGCAUUAAUUGUCAACCCCAGUAGCUUAUCAGAUAAUAUAUUUUGCACGUAUGAGAAACUGUUUGUAGCGAAAUGGCAGAUGGAUAAAGCUCAAGGGUUUGAUAUUCUUUAUUUUGUGUCUGUUGCAGUAAUUAUUAUUUUUACUUACAUUAGCAUUAUGAUUACAGCCAGGUCUGUUACAUCUGAUAAAGAUUCUGCUAAGAAAGCCCUCAGGACAGUGCUAUUGCACCUGAUUCAACUUUGUCUGUGUCUCACCACAUUUCUAUAUGCUACAAUAGAGAAAGCACUGUACAUGAUGUCAGGUAGCAAUUCCUCACUCUUUGUAAACCUCAGAUAUCUGAAUUAUAUUAUUGUUCUUAUUCUGCCACGCUGCUUGAGUCCUUUGAUCUAUGGUCUGAGAGACGAGGCCUUGUUGCCUUUAUUCAAAUAUUACUUCUGUUAUCGUUCAGGUAAAGCAAGACCACGUGUUAAUGUACAUUAACUAAUCGGUCUAAAUGUGUAUCAAUUACAUCUGAUCAUGUUAAAUUCUGUAUUAACUAAUAUAACUAAAUAAACUAAUG